AUUUAAAGAGUCUUCUGUAAAACAAGUCAACAUUUUCAUUGAUAGAGUCAAUAGUCCGAGAUUUAGACUAUUCUAUUUAGAGUAAUUUAGACUCUAGACUUUAUAAUAAUAAUAGGUAUUUUGCUAUGAAUUCAAACAGUGAUUUCGUUAAGCCAUUUUUCGGCAGUAAAAAAGAAGGUCAGGGUUUUGCUGAUAAGAGGAAAAAAAAAGCUGCUUAUGAAUAUUUGAAACUUCUCAGAAAAGAGAAACAACAACACAAUGGCCAGAGUCUUGUUCAGCAUCGAAGACUUCGGUUUCCACAUUCCUCCAAAGGAACUCCUGACAAAGGGAAGAAACCUCAUGCUUUCACUGUAGCUGAGAAAAUAGCCAAGAAAAAAAAAGAAGAAAAGGAAAAACGCAGACAGGAGAUGGAGAAACGAAAGUCUGAGAAAUCUGCAGCCAUGACCAGUUACAAAGAAAAGAAGAAGAGACUUCACAAGAUGAGAUGCAAGAAGACCAGCAAAGGCCAGCCAGUCAUGAAGUACCAGAUGGAAUUGUUGUUAGAAAAAAUACAGAAAAAUAAAUCGAGCAGUUAGCAUGAGGGCGCUAGAGUUACUUUGUAAAUAGUCCCACUCUGUACAUACAUGCAUUAUGUGUCUGCAUUUGGAUGGGUAUAUGUGUAUUAUGUGUAUGGAUACAUUGAAAAUGUUUGAAACUGCUUUUACUUAUCUUAAAACUGUUCUCCAACAGAAAUGAUUGAAUGAAGGAAUUAUUUGUUCUGAUCUCACAUUGUUUUGACUGGUUUGGUUUGAAAUUUAGGCAGAAAUUUUUCAAGCCUAUUUUUUGCACUUAAAGUUUCUUUGCAAAAAGCAGUGACUGUAAUACAGUUCACCUAUUCUGAGUUUAUUCAUGUUAGGUAAAAAAAAUUAAUUCUUUUCACCAACAUUAAUGCAGGUUAUUGACAUUGUUUAUUUAAUAGUUAAUUUUAAAUUGAUUUUAAAUUCUGAUAUUAGUGCCAAGUUGAGUUGAAAGUAGAACAAAAAGUCAAAGUUAAACUUACAAAACUUACAAUUGUUAUGAGAUUUGAGCUCUCUUACUAAGAACUGAGCAUUAAGUCUUAAUGUGUGUUCAUUGCCACUACUAUGUGGUUGAUAAGUGUAAUAGAUUCUUGCCCCUUUUUCAUUUGUGUGAAUACAAGUUUUAGAUUCGGAAUGAUACAGAGAUGCAUGUGUGUUGAUAUAAUGUUGAUAGAGUGAUACAUGUACACAAUACUAACAUUAAAAUGAAAUUAAAAUCUAAAAAAACUUAA